UUAUGGGAUUGUUACUUUUGAAUGUUCUCUAAACAUUUUUAAACAAUUUGUUAACGAACAUCCGCCUCGUUUGUAACAAAAUGUUAAAGGGUUAGUUCACCCAGAAGAAGAGAAGAUAUUGUUGAAUAAAGUCGUUAUUUUUGUUUUGUUUUUGCGCACAAAAAGUAUUCUCGUCGCUUCAUAAAAUUAAAGUUGAACCACUGCAGUCACGUCGACUAUUUUAACGAUGUUUUAACAUGUUUUAACGAAAAUUUAAGACCUUCAUUCAUCUUCAGACCACAAAUUAAGAUAUUUUUGAUGAAAUCCGAUGGCUCAGUGAGGCCUGCAUUGCCAGCAAAAUAAUUAACACUUUCAGAUGCCCAGAAAGCUACUAAAGACAUUUAAAACAGUUCAUGUGACUACAGUGGUUCAACCUUAAUGUUACGAAGCGACAAGAGUACUUUCUGUGCGAAGCUUUACGAAUCUUUUGUUUCGAAUCGUGGCUCGGAGCAAACCAAGUACAGGUCUCUGCAGGACAGUAAUAGGAGGGGCAUUUUUGAGAGCAUUACCUGAUUUGCCUAUGUCAGAGUGUGGGUAGGGUUUAGGGGAUCAUUUUCAUUGCAUGAUUUAUAAACACCCACCACAAAUUCAGAAACGCCCACUUUUGUUUCGCAGAGACCUCAUACUCUAUCAAACUGCCAAAGUCACGCCCCCCAGUGGUGAACCAUUGAAAUUUUGAAACACUUGAUGAAGCCUAGUUUACUGAAGUCAUGUGACUUUGGCAGUUUGAUACACGCUCCGAAACACUGAUUUGAAACAAAAGAUUCGUAAAGCUUCGAAGCUUCAUGAAGCAGUGUUUUGAAAUCGUCCAUCACUAGAUAUUGUUGAAUAAAGCGGUUAUUUUGUUUUUUUUCUUGGCGCACAAAAAGUAUUCUUGUCGCUUCAUAACAUUAAAGGCUGAUUUAUACUUCUGCGUCGGACCUACGUUGGAGCCUCUGCGCCAUAGGCUAUGCAUUUUUUUUCAUUUAUACUUCUGCGUCGUUGUCCGCGUCGACUUGUAUGCAGACCACUAGUAGGCAGUGUCCGUGGUCAUGUUGAGUAUCAAGGCAAAAGCCGAAGAAGCAGCAGCUUGUCAUGUACGUUGUCAGAAAAGCUUACAAAUAGAAGCGGCAAGUAGGUAACGACUUUUGUUGCAGUAUGACUGCAUGUGUCCCCUGAAACAGAUCGUUUGUUCAUUCCUAUGGAAGUUGAAAAUGCUCACUCUUCUCCGAUUGCUCCGCGCCAGUUUUUUGACCUGAGGGAGGGGUUCUAGCAGACCAAUCACAGCGCUUGCGGUCCGCAUAGAAUUGAGGCGUUGUUACAUUUUUUAAGAGGUGCACGUCAGGCUACGGCGUAGGCUACGCUUGGUACACUACAUUCGACGCAGAAGUAUAAAUCAGCCUUAAGGUCGAACCACUGUAGUCACAUGAACUGUUUUAAAUAUGUUUUUAGUAGCUUUCUGGGCAUUGAAAGUGUUAAUUAUCUUCCUGUCAAUGGAGGCCUCACUGAGCCAUCGGAUUUUAUCAAAAAUAUCUUAAUUUGUGUUCUGAAGAUGAACGAAGGUCGAAUGGGUGUGGAACGACAUGAAGAAGAAGACCUUGAAGUCGUUGAAGACAUCAAAUGUGAUGAAGGCCUAGCUGUUCGCCUUGGAAAACCUAAAGCAGAAUGUCAGAAGCACAAACUCAAAAUACCCAAAACAAAUAAAAUGAAAAACUUCUUGAAAGGAAAGUUCAAGAGAAAAUCAAAAUUUGAAGCUCCUCUCACCCCUACAGCUCUGUUAGAAGUUGACUUUGAUACCACUGAAGGCAUAGCAGAUUCUUCUGUUGAUCCUGAAGAAGAAUGUCAGAAACACAAAAUCAAAAUAUCAGACAAAAUGAAAAAUGUAUUCUCAAUGAGAUGGCAGAGGAAUACAAAACCCUGUGAAACUCAAUCAGUGGGCUUGGAUUUCAUAGGGAACCUCAAUGAGAACCAUCUGGAAGCUGAAGACCGUCUCUUUGGUUCAAAUGAAGUGGCCAAGGCAGAAGAUGAGUCCCAUGAGAUUUUGCGACUGAAGAUGGCCAUCCAUGACUCUUUCAAUGAGGACAAUCAGGAGACACUCAAGAGUGCAUUGGCUUCAAUAUUUCAAGAGGGGACACAGGGCAGAUGCUGGAAUGAAGUAGUUGUGGAUGAGCAUCCAAUAUGGAGUCCUAUGAAGUGCAGACAGAUCAAGACACUACUCAAGAUUGUCGUUGAAGAACGAAUGAAGACUGCAGAAAAACGGGAGAAUAAAGCAGACCAGCUUUCUACCUCCUUGAAGAGAGAGGUGUGUCGAAUGGGCAAACAAGUCCAAAAAGACCUGCUCAGAGUGGUCCGAAAUCUGAGAGAAUGUUACCCUCCAGAGUUUGACAUCUGCAGAACGUAUGCUCGACUCUACCAUCAAACCUUCUCCACCAGACUCCAAGAGCUCGCCAGAUCCAGUGUCGAUUUUGAGGAUUGCCUCUAUAUAUUGAGUUGGAUUGUGGAUUACUACCCAAAAAAUAUAUUGAAGCACAAAGAACUAGAGGAGCACAUCAACAAUUCAUCACUUGGACCUUUGUUACCUGAAGAAGAUCUUACGAGAUUGGAGGAACAGUACUUCUCAUACAAAGAGAAUGAAGUCAGAAAGUGGUUAUUCACUGCUCUUGAGAAAGAAGUGAAAAAAUGGAGUGAUGGCUUCGAACCAGAGAUUAUGGAUGGAUACUACUUCAGUAACCUGGCUGCAGAUGUUUUACCACUUGUUGAUAUAACUGUAAGUGACGUCAAAGCACUUUUAGGCUCUGAAAGUAAAGCCUGGUGUCUUCUAACCCAGCUAGACAGCUUUCUGACAAGUAGCUAUAAAACAAGUCUGGAGAAACUUGUCAAAAGAAAACCAAAAAACAUUCCUAAAAUUCUCAGUGCUAAUCUGGUUGACAUUCACCACUUUAGGGAUUAUGUACAAAGACCAGAACAUCUUUUCUCAGAAGACACCAGAACCGCCUGCCUGUCCACAUUAGCAGACCUUAAAAACAUCUGUCACAAAUACUUCCUCAGUCGAAUUCACACAGAACUGAAGCCGCUGUACCGUAAGCUGUGGACUCAAGCCUGGUUUGCUGGACAUUGUGAGGUUGUGGAGGAGCUGAUGAAGGCGCUUGAGGAUAACAUGGAUCAAUUCAAAGAGCUAAAGCCUGUCUGCCGAGAGGAACUGCUGGCUGAGCUGCAUAUAGAAGUAACGGUUGAGUACGUGAGACGAAUGAUGAAGAGAAAACUGAAACUGAAGGACAAAGAACAGCAAGAAGCAGCUGCAGAGUUCAUCUGCCACGACAACAGUAAAAUCUGCUCUGUGUUUGCCAAAGUGGGAUCCAAAGAGGAAUGGCUCUGUCAAAUACUGCCCAAAUUAUCAGAGAUUCUGAGACUGCAGGAUCUUGGGAGUUUGCAGCUUGAGAUUGCGACUCUGGCAAGAGACUAUCCUGACAUUAGUGAGCAGCAAAUUCUUGCUGUCCUGAACCUGAAGACCAACCUUUCAAGCUCAGAUUUGUGCAGCAUCGAAGUGUGUUUGAGUGAAAACAGAAGCAGGCCGAACACAGAGUCCUCCCCUGCCUUCUUCUCUAAAGUACUCGUCAAACAGGACACUCUCUGUUACAACAGUUGCAACUGAGAACUCAUUGAUAUUAUUCUUUUAAAGUUUUUCUAUAAUAAUUUUACAUGUCUCUUCAAACAAAGGUCAAGAACAUAGGUAUAGUCCAUCUCAAGUGGUCCAAUGGAGGUUGUCUGACCAUUUUUAUAUACUUUAUAUUUUUAUAUACUUUUUACUUAUUUUAGCAUAUUUUACUGUCAACAGCAUUUAACUGAAAACUUUUUCCCCCUAAAUAUAAGCAUUAUUCUUACAAUCUAUAAAUGCAUAUACAAGUAUGUUUAAAUACAAGAAAAUAUCUAGACACACAGGGUUUGGACAAUGAAACUGAAACACCUGGUUGUAGACCACAUUAAUUUAUUAGUAUGGUGCAGGGCCAAUAUAGCAUCAAUUCGUCUUGGGAAUGACAGAUAGCUCAAAAAAAAUUAAAGGAACACUUUUUAAUCAGAGAAUAGCAUCAAGUCAGUUAAACUCUUGGGAUAUUGAUCUAGUCAGUUAAGUAGCAGAGGGGGUUGUUAAUCAGUUUCAGCUGCUUUGGUGUUAAUGAAAUUAACAACAGGUGCACUAGAUGGGCAACAAUGAGACAACUACCAAAAAAGGAAUGGUUUUAGGAAUGGCCACUGACAUUUUUUUCCCUACUCAUCUUUUGUCACUACUGGUAGCAUGAGGCGAUAUGUGGACCCUACAGAGGUCGCACAGGCAGUCCAACUCCUCCAGUAUGGCACAUCAAUACGUGCCAUUGCCAGAAGGUUUGCUGUGUCUCCCAGCACAGUCUCAAGAGCAUGGAGGAGAUUCCAGGAAACCGGCAGUUACUCUAGGAGAGCUGGACAGGGCCGUAGAAGGUCCUUAACCCAUCAGCAGGACCGGUAUCUGCUCCUUUGUGCAAGGAGGAACAGGAUGAGCACUGCCAGAGCCCUACAAAAUGACCUCCAGCAGGUCACUGGUGUGAAUGUCUCUGACCAAACAAUCAGAAACAGACUUCAUGAGGGUGGGCUGAGGGCCCGACGUCUUCUAGUGGGCCCUGUGCUCACUGCCCGGCAUCGUGGAGCUCGAUUGGCAUUUGCCAUUAAACACCAGAAUUGGCAGGUCUGCCACUGGCGCCUUGUGCUUUUCACAGAUGAGAGCAGGUUCACCCUGAGCACAUGUGACAGAUGUGAAAGGGUCUGGAGAAGCCGUGGAGAACAUUAAGCUGCCUGUAACAUCGUUCAGCAUGACCGGUUUGGUGGUGGAUCAGUGAUGGUCUGGGGAGGCAUAUCCAUGGAGGGAUGCACAGACCUCUACAGGCUAGACAAUGGCACCCUGACUGCCAUUAGGUAUUGGGAUGAAAUCCUUGGACCCAUUGUCAGACCCAGCUCUAGUACAGUGGGUUCCUCCUGGGUUCCUUCCUUCCUUCCUUCCUUCCUCAUGUGGCGAGAGUAUGCAGGCAGUUCUUGGAGGAUGAAGGGAUUGAUACCAUUGAAUGGACCCCACGCUCGCCUGACCUAAAUCCAAUAGAACACCUCUGGGACAUUAUGUUUCGGUCCAUCCGACGCCGCCAGGUUGCACCUCAGACUGUCAAGGAGCUCAGUGAUGUCCUGGUCCAGAUCUGGGAGGAAAUACCCCAGGACACCAUCUGUCGUCUCAUUAGGAGCAUGCCCGGAUGGUGUCAGGCAUGCAUACAAGCAUGUGGAGGCCAUACAAACUGCUGAGUAUCAUUUUGAGUUGCUGCAAUGAAAUUUCAGCAAAAUGGACUAGCCUGCUGCAUCAUUUUUUCACUUUGAUUUUCGGGGUUUCUUUGAAUUCAGUCAUCUGAAGUAGGUUGAUAAUUUUCAUUUCCAUCAAACGAUUUGGCAUCCUUUAGAGCAGUGUAUUUUACAGUGACCAGAGGGAUUUUGAGCCAUUUCCUUUCCAGAAGAGUGUCCAGGUCACUAGGACCCUGUUUACACCUGGUAUUAAGAUGCAUUUUGGAUGAUCUGAUCACAAGUAGACGAGGAAGACACAUACAUCUGGUGUUUUAAUCCGUCACUUUUGUACACUUCCCACCACUUCUGUCCUGAUUUCUUUGAGGGGAGGGUCUUUCAGAUCUUUCAAUCUAAUGGACAAAAUAAGCUAGCACAAUUUACAUAUGAACUUGACCGGAGACAACGGAAAAACACGGAGAGUAUCAGCUUUUGUUUCUGCUCUGACAGCCGCAAGACCAGCUGAAUGCUGUGAGUGUGUGUUAGAAAUCAGGAAUGGUGAGAGAACAUUGUGCUUGGUACGUUUUUCAUCUUCAAAACCAAACUUAGGUCUUCAGCCGACAAAGUUUAAAUCCUGUCUGGCUAGCGAGUUUCCCAUAAUGUUUACGUGUUAGGUCAGAAGGUGGAGAGCAGGCGGUCUUUUGUGGCUGUUCGAACACGUUCGAUCACAUGAGUGUUUACACUACGAAAGCAAUCCGGUCGAAUGAGUUUUCAACUACCUCUGGAAGUGGUAGAAAGUGGACAAGCUCAAAGCGUUUUACACCCCAUUUACACCUGUAUUUAGCGUUGCCCACUUGUGAUCUGAUCGACCAAAACGCAUCUAAAUACCAGCUGGAAACAGGGCCUAUGUGAUGCUGGUGAAAGAAAACAUUUUUUGACUUGCUCCUCCAAAGUGGCUCAAAAAUAUUCAGAUCUGGUGACUGUUCAGGCCAUAGAUGUUCAACUUCACUUUAAUGUUCAUCAAACCAUUCUGUCACCAGUCUUGCUAUGUGUAUUGGUGCAUUAUCAUGCUGAUACACGACACCCCCAUUCAGGGUACAAUAUUUGAAGCAUUAGGUGCACAUGGUCCUCCAGAAUGGUUUGGCAGUCCUUGGUAGUAAUACACCCAUCAAGCACAGUAGGGAAUGCCAUGAUUUUGCAGCCUAAACCAUCACUGAUCCACCGCCGUGCUUCACUGGGUGUUAAGCCUCUUUGGGUCUUCUCCACACCAUAACUCCCACAGAUUUGAGAAACACAGUGAAGGUGGACUCAUCAAUACAUGUUUCACAUUGUUCACAGCCCAAGAUCUGCACUGUUGGCAUCUAUGAAACUCAUAUUUGGCAUUGGCAUCAGGAUCAAAGGUUUAGCUAUAGCAGCACGACCAUCAAUAUUGACUCUGUGGAGCUCCUGACAAACAGUUUUGAUGGAAACAGGAGGUCGAGGUGUGAAUUUAAUUCUGCAGUGAGUUGGGUAGCUGUGGUUUUGUUUUUUGGAUACAAUCCAGGUUAGUACCCGGACAUUGCUUUCAGACAGCUUCCUCUUGCGUCAACAGUUACUCCCAUUAGGUUCAUCCUUCAUGGUGGUAUGCCAACAUUACCCUGAACAUCAGCUCUCAGUACACCACAAAGACUUGCUGUCCUGGUCACAGAUGAGCCAGCGAUAUGCGCACCAACAAUUUGUCUUCUUUUGAACUCUCAUGUCUCCCAUUAUGUUGUGUGGGUUGCAAUAUUUUAUAUACAGCUCUGCUAAUUCAACCUUCAUGCUCGGCUCUAAAGGCCCGUUGACACCAAGAACAAUAACUAUAAUGCGUCCACACCAACGAACGAUAAUGGUCUGUUUAUUCAGCCUGGUCUCAUUGUUAAUACGUAGGUAUUAAUACGUAACUUUCAAAGACACAAAACGUACAUUUUUGUACGUUUAGAAAGGUGCUAAAACGUACAAUAUUGACGUAAUUAUGGCACUAAAACGUAAAAAUACUUACGUUUUUACAGCGAAAAAAAAACAAAUCUUAUCAUGUCUUAAAGAUAUUGUUUUUCGGUGUGUAUUUUGAUCUUAACACCUUUAACCUUAUUAUUUAUUAUUCUCAGGUUAGGUAAAGUAAGUCGAGUCUGGCCUAAAUUAUAAGCAUUUAAAAUUACUUACAAUUUGGUCAGAAGACUCCUCUGUGGUACGUUCUUGUUCAAAGUCUUAAAACACUAUAAAUCAAGCCAAGGUAGGCAGCUUUUGUAAUCAAUUAAAUUUCUUUUAAUUGGUUACUUUUCUUUUUAUAAUAAACAAAAAUGUAAAGGCAAAGAAAACUUCAUCAUUAAGGUAUAAAAUACAGUAAUCACUCUUUUGAGUCAAAGGUGUAGUCAGCUCUGGGCUUCCCAUCUUCAGCUUGGGGUUUCUUGUCCUCAGCUCUGGGCUUCUAGGCGUCGGGGGAAGCGUAUCAGUAUCCGAAGAGGCAAUCAACUCAUCAGUCUUUUAUACUCCUGCUGUUUAUUGCAGACGUUGGGUUAUCUUCUUGAUUGACGUAUGUUGUAACUUUCCCAAAGUUUCCAGAUCCUUCUCAAGGCCUCGCAGGUGCGAGCUGUCUGGCUUUUGUGUCCUUGAACUCCAGUAAACUCAUCCAAGAUGGCUGAUGUCCUUAUAAGGUUCUAGGAGUAGAACCACAGUUCUCUGUGUCCUUGAGCACACACACAUAGGACCACACACACAUAGCCAACAAUAACUGUACAUCUCUGGCCAUACAGUAUAAUACAUUUCUUAGAAACAAACAAAAAUAAAUAAUAAUAUUGUAAGCAAUGCCUAAUAUUUAAUACAUUGGCCAAAUGUGUAGCAACAGACUUCCAAAAUUUAAACAAGGAGGCAGGGUAAUUGCAUUUUCUUGAUUUAAUACAACAAUAUAUGUAUAAUUUCCCUUUUAUCGUUUUGUAGAUAAAUGUAAGAUCCCUAAACCCCAUCCCGAACCUAAACAUACCCAUUUUAUACAGAAUGUUAAAAGAAUAAAACAUAUUGGGCAGAAAUGUGUAGGAAAAUGACAAUUUUAGUAAAAAUAUAACAUUAAAACGAUAUUUUGAGCCACCAAUCCUACACCUGCCCCUAAACCUACCCAUAACCAUUUCUUUAAACUAUCUACUAAUAUAAAUAAAAGAAUGACCGAUAAACAGGCGUAAUCACAAUAAUUUAUUUAUUUAUUUAUUUAUUUUUUUGGCGAAAAUGUCAAAAGUGGUACCAAAAGUAGUUCAAAUGAUGAUGAGUUCCAGUCACAGUCCUCUCUGGCGGUAAUAGUUUUUAUAGGGUACAGAGCAGAAUUUAACUUAUUAAUCCAUGAAAAUAUGAUAAAUCCGGCUUCUCUCCGCGAAGGCGCGCACUCAUUUCAAAUGUCAAUCCACUGAAACACGGCAUGUCGCAAUCUGUGACGAAGGUGAGAACCAAUGAGCGUUCGUUAUCAGUGCCGUAAACCAUGUCGUAACGCUUCUCGAGGUUGGCGCUACUUUCAAAUUUGAAUCAUAAUGGUCGCUGUUGCUGAGAAUCAAAAUGAAGAUCGAUGGAUAAAGGGCUGAAUUUGGAUCUGUUCCUUACAAACAUAUGGAUUCGAAAGAUUGGGAGUACAGCGAACAAAUAAAAUUGAUGUGAUUUGUGAAUUUAUGUUGUGUUUUGGUGUAUCUUAUGGUUGUAUGUCAAUCGCUGCAUAGGAGAAAACGCCUUCUGUGUCGCACAGCAAACAAACUAAAUAUUACAAAGUGGUUAAACAAUUACAGAAAAUUUAUUCAUAAGGUUUUAAAUUGUAGUCUUGUUUAACAUUAUGCAAUCCUCUGAAACGAGCAGCACAAGUCACGAACAGAAAUGUUAUAUUAAGUAGAUGAGUAAACUGCUUUCAAUAAAUUUGACUAAAAACAACAUUAAAUCAUUAAAGCCACGAUUUUAAUAUUAAUACAUGGGAAUUCAUAUACAUUCACACUUUACGUUACAUGAUUUACGUUUUUAUUGCUGUUAAUACGUAAGUAUUUUUACGUUUUAGUCCUCUAAAUAUGUCAGUGUUGUACGUUUUUGUGUGUAUGAAAACGUAAGUAAAUGUACGUGUGGUAGAACCACAAUUUACGUAAAAAUACACACGUAUUCUCAUGAGAUCACGUUGGUUUAUUCUAAUGUUCUAAUGUUUGUUCUCAUGUUUUUGCUGUUCUUGUUGCAUUUACACGACAUAACCAGCAGAUGUCCUCAGCAUGCUAUCCCAGCAAACAUCGUGUCCCUGGCCAAAAAUAGUCGCGGUAGGACGGCAUAAAUCGAUAAAAAAUAUGAAACACAGAACAUUUAGCCUACUAAAAAUGCAUUCGGAUAUGUUUGUACAUGUCUACAAUUCUAUGGGGUUGCAUACAUAAUUGUUACUUUGACUUUUAGCUACCUGUAGUUAAAUAUAUACUAAUUAAUUAAUUAAUAAGAUAACGUCAAGGAGGUCCGUUCAAAUUUCAUUUUGGAACUAUUUUUCAACCAUGACGGACGUGUCAGAGGUUAUCGUAGUUAAAUAUUUAGUGUAAUCGAUCUAAUCUAACAGUGAAAUUAGCUGACGAAGGACAAUAUAGUGGAAUAAAAACAACACAUAGUCUUUUUCACUGAAACUUCAAAGGAAGCAAGAUAAUGUUGUCGAAACUUGCGCUGGAUGCCUGAGGUAAUUCUGUUCUGUUUGCUAGCCUAGUAUAAUGAGCUCAUCGUUAAUACUUCUCACCAUUUAUUCCGAGGGUAUGACUGAUUGUUUUCCAUAUAUCCAUUUUCUUUAAAGUAUCCUUGAAAAGGAGGUUGACUUGUCAAACAGUGGUAGCUUUUGCUGAACCUUGAGGCGAUUAACUUCUCGCAAUGUCGUCUGCCAUUUUAAAUGCACAAGGCCUUAAAUUAACGGAUUCUGAUUGGCUGUCAGUGUUUCAUCGUGCAACAGCUGGAAAAAAUCCAUCUGAAAGUGAUCCCAACCAUAUUGUUUCUCUAUCGUUAUAGCUGAGGUGUGGUGGACAGUGCUAUUCUUUUAUAUUUAGAAUGAUUUUUAGAACUAUAUCUUUAUCGUUCUUGGUGUGAACCCUUUACUGAUUGGCCAGCAACCUCCAACAGUAGCUAUAUUGACCAGUGUUUCAGUUUCAUUGUCCAACCCCUGUAUGUCUAAUUUCAAUCUAUACAUUACAUUAUUAAAAUCCUUCAAUCAGUAUUUACUCUUGUUUGUAACUGGAAUUUGUUGGUAGCCUAUAUAAAUGUUUUGUAAACUAAUGUUCAAAUGUUAAGGUCAGUAAGAUUUUAUUCGAAAGAAAUGUGAACUUUUUAUUAAUCAAAUAUCCUGACAGGGAAAAAAAAUAUCACAGUUUCCAUAAAAAUAUUAAGCAAUAUAAUAACAAAUGUUUUGAGAGCACCAAAUCUUCAAAAUAGAUUUAAAUAAGACCUAAACAAAACUUCUUUUCUCUGAUGCAUCAGACGUCUUGGUGGCUGUGCUCGAUAUAUCAUGAUAUGUGAUAUGUCAUCCUCACUGUCCCCGUCAGUCCUUCAUAAGCAGUGUCCUCAGCCUCAAUGACGUUCUUCCACUCCAGUUAUUCUAAACAACAUUAUCUUUCCUGUUUACAGUGACUCAACAGUGCCUCCCUCAACACUGACUGUGUCACUGAAAGGAAUCUUUGUUUAAUUAUAAUGGAAGUGUGAACCUGAGUUUGUGCUGACUGGCUUCAUUGCCACCAGUUGAUUUUUUGUUGCCUUGAGACAUAUACAAUAAAAUUGACUGAAGCUGUUA